UGGGUCCCUAUGUGUCGCUAUGGGUCGCUAUGUGUCGCUAUGGGUCGCUAUGGGUCGCUGUGGGUCCCUAUGUGUCGCUAUGGGUCGCUAUGUGUCGCUAUGUGUCGCUAUGGGUCGCUAUGUGUCGCUAUGGUCGCUAUGGGUCGCUAUGGGUCCCUAUGGUCGCUAUGGGUCGCUGUGGGUCCCGCAGACCUUUGGGCUCCGCGCGCUCCCUGCCCUCCAUUGGAUUUUCCCGCUGGCCGUCACGCUGUCCACCUUUGGGGGCGUCAACGGAUCCUUGUUCACCUGUUCCAGGCUGUUCUAUGCAGGCGCUCGCCGCGGCCACCUCCCUGCGCUGCUGGCCAUGAUCCACGUGCACAGGAAAACCCCGGUGCCGGCCCUGCUGCUCACUUGCGCCAUGACGCUGCUGAUGCUGGUGACAGGGGAGCUCUACACGCUCAUCAACUACGUGGGCAUCGUCAACCACCUGUGGUACGGCGUCACCGUCAUGGCGCUGCUGCAGCUGCGACGCGCCAGGCCGCAACUCCCGCGCCCCAUACGGGUCCCGCUGUGGGUCCCGCUGCUGUUUGUGCUGCAGUGGCUGCUGCUGCUGCUCUUCUCGCUGUGGGCCGAGCCGUGGCUCUGCCUCAUGGCCGCCGCCGUCACCGCCUGCGGGGUCCCCCUCUACUUCCUGGGGGUCGCUGGGCCCAGCGCCUGCCGGCCCUGCAGCGCCUCAUGGCCUGGCUGACGCUUAUGGGGCAGCGGCUCUUCUUUGUCCUCUACCCCCACAGCGAGACCCACGGCGACCCCCAGCCCCACAGCGACCCCCAGCCCCACAGCAAGCUGCUGCCCCAUAGCGACCCCCCAGCCCCAUAGCGACUCCCAGCCCCAUAGCGACUCUCAGCCCCAUAGCAAGCUGCUGCCCCAUAGCGACUCCCAGCCCCAUAGCGACUCCCAGCCCCACAGCGACCCCCAGCCCCACGGCGACCCCCAGCCCCAUAGCGAAUCCCAGCCCCAUAGCGACUCCCAGCCCCAUAGCGACCCCCAGCCCCAUAGCGACUCCCAGCCCCAUAGCGACUCCCAGCCCCACAGCGACUCCCAGCCCCAUAGCGACCCCCCACCCCAUAGCGACCCCCCACCCCAUGGUGACCCCCAGCCCCAUAGCGACUCCCACCCUACAAGUGACCCCCCAGCCCCAUAGCGAGACCCAUAAGUGACCCCUCAGCCCCACAAGUGCCUCCCUGCCCCACAGCUCCAUAGCGAGACCCACAAGUGACCCCCCGCCCCAUAAGUGACCCUCAGCCCCAUAAGUGACCCCCAGCCCCAUAGCGAGACCCACAAGUGACCCCUUGCACCCCAUAAGUCCCGCCCUCAGCCCCAUAAGUGGUCCUUCAGCCCCACAAGUGAGCCCCCCCACCCCAUAAGUGACCUCAGCCCCACAAGUGCCUCCCUGCCCCAUAAGCCCCCCCUCAGCCCCAUAAGUGACCCCUCUGCCCCAUAGCGAGACCCAUAAGUGACCCCUCAGCCCCACAAGUGCCUUCCCUGCCCCACAGCUCCAUAGCGAGACCCACAAGUGACCCCCCCACCCCAUAAGUGACCCUCAGCCCCAUAAGUGACCCCUCUGCCCCAUAGCGAGACCCAUAAGUGACUCCUCAGCCCCACAAGUGCCUCCCUGCCCCAUAGCGAGACCCACAAGUGACCACACAGCCCCAUAAGUGACCCCUCUGCCCCAUAGCGAGACCCAUAAGUGACCCCCCCGCCCCAUAAGUGACCCUCAGCCCCAUAAGUGACCCCUCUGCCCCAUAGCGAGACCCACAAGUGACCUCACAGCCCCACAAGUGCCCCCCCCCCCUUGCCCCAUAAGUGACUCCUCAGCCCCAUAAGUCCCCCCUCAGCCCCAUAGCGAGACCCAUAAGUGACCCCCCUGCCCCAUAAGUGACCCUCAGCCCCAUAAGUGACCCCUCUGCCCCAUAGCGAGACCCAUAAGUGACCCCUCAGCCCCACAAGUGCCUCCCUGCCCCAUAGUGAGACCCACAAGUGACCCCCCGCCCCAUAAGUGACCCUCAGCCCCACAAGUGCCUCCCUGCCCCAUAGCGAGACCCACAAGUGGCUGCACAGCCCCACAAGUCAGCCCCCCCCCUUGCCCCAUAAGUGACUCCUCAGCCCCACAAGUGACCCCUCUGCCCCAUAGCGAGACCCACAAGUGACCCCUCAGCCCCAUAAGUGACCCCUCUGCCCCAUAGCAAGACCCAUAAGUGACUGCACAGCCCCACAAGUCACCCCCCCCUUGCCCCAUAAGUGACUCCUCAGCCCCAUAAGUGACCCUUCAGCCCCACAAGUGCCUUCCUGCCCCAUAGCGAGACCCACAAGUGACCGCACAGCCCCACAAGUGACCCCUCAGCCCCACAAGUCCCUCCCUGCCCCAUAAGUGACCCGUGUGCCCCAUAGCGGGGCCGGUGGGGCCGCCCCACACUCCGCCCCACAAGUUGCCUCCGGCCCCACAGAAAUAAAGGUGCUCUCAAUGGAAAGAAGCGGCGGACGCCAUGAUUGCUGUAG